UUAUAUCUUUCUGCUUUUCACUUUCAGCUCAAGGAACUGGAGAAGUUGGGGCCUAAGAAAGGUGUGAUUACUCGAUCUGUGAAAGAUGUUGUCCAGAGUCUUGUGGACGAUGACCUGGUUUUAAAAGACAAAAUAGGAACAUCGGUUUACUUUUGGAGCCUUCCUAGCAGUACUGGAAAUCAGCUGAAGAAUAUAAAGGACAAACUUGGUUCUGAUCUGCAAAGCAGUAAGAAGCGGUACGCGGAGCUUAUUGAACAGUCUGCGGGACUAAAGAAGGGUCGUGAAGAAUCAGAUCAAGCUAUAAAGACCAGUGGCCAGUGUCAAACCCCUCUAACUAAGUCUGAUUUGCAUCAGGAGGAGAUGGCAAAAUAUGCAGAUAACGAUCCAGCUGCAUUCCAAGCAAUGAAGGAAGCUAUUGACGUCGCUCAUGCAGCCGCAAACAGAUGGACUGACAAUAUCUUCACUUUGAGGCAGUGGUGUUCAAAGAACUUCCCCCAAGCGGCAGAGCAGCUUGAUAACCUGUUCAAGGAGUUGGGAGUAACGGAUGAAUUUGACUACUUGGAGCUUGCACCUGCUCUCCCUCUCAAUGCGAUAGGCGCCCCCGAGGCUGAAGAAGGCACUCCCUAG